UCACUGUGUCACUUGACCAUACAUCUUAGCCGUCGGAGCCACUGCAUGAGAGGACAAAUUGCCACAGGUCCUGGACUGAGCGGCAGUAGCUGGUCGACGGAGCUAGCCUGAUGGGUAACGUUCCCAAUGCAGUGAAGCAUUGCCUCAGCUAUGAGAAUCUCAUGGGGGAAUCUUUCAGGCUGCCAUCGUCCUUCCAGGAGAAGAAGUGGCCUGAAGUACACAAGUUUCCAGACUUUGUCAAAAUUGUGGAGGUUGGGCCAAGAGAUGGGCUUCAAAAUGAAAAGGAAAUGGUGCCCACAGAGAUCAAAAUUCAGCUUAUUGACAUGCUCUCCCAGACGGGCCUGUCUGUGAUAGAGGCCACUAGCUUUGUGUCCUCAAAGUGGGUCGUGCAGAUGGCAGACCAUAAUGAAGUGCUUACAGGGAUUAACAAGUCGCCUCAUGUUAGGUAUCCUGUCCUGACACCCAAUAUUCAGGGCUUUCAAGCAGCAGUCGAAGCAGGCGCUGCCGAAGUGGCUGUAUUUGGUUCUGCUUCUGAGACAUUCAGCAGGAAGAACAUCAACUGCUCUGUGGAGGAGAGCAUGCAGCGGUUUGAGCAGGUCAUCUGUGCAGCCAGACAGGCAUGCAUACCAGUGCGGGGUUAUGUUUCCUGCGCCCUAGGCUGUCCAUAUGAAGGACAAGUGCAUCCAGCUCAAGUAACGAAGGUUGCAAAGCGGCUGCAUGAGCUCGGCUGCUAUGAGGUAUCCCUCGGGGACACAACUGGCAUGGGCACGGCCGGCUCCAUGGCUGCGAUGCUGCGCGCCGUCAUGGCCGAGGUGCCCAUCCAUGCUCUGGCCGUGCAUUGCCACGACACUUACGGCCAGGCCCUGGCAAACAUCCUGACCGCACUGCAGAUGGGGGUUUCUGUGGUGGAUUCCUCAGUUGCAGGCCUUGGAGGCUGUCCAUACGCUGAGGGGGCAUCCGGUAAUGUUUCCACAGAGGACGUUGUGUAUAUGCUGCAUGGACUAGGUAUUCAAACAGGAGUGGAUUUGGCCAAAGUGAUCGAAGCAGGAGACUUCAUCUGCCGAGCUUUAAAGCGCCCCACCAACUCCAAAGUCUCCCAGGCUACUAGCAGGGUAAUAGAUAUGCAGGCCUUUUCAGUCUUGGCUGAAUAGAAGAGGAGGUGAAGGCAAAUGGAACAGUACAUCUGUUUAUUGCAGAAGACUAUUGUGCCUUGAUCCCUGGAUUGUGUGUCACGUUUGGGCAAGGAAAAACUCAUUACACAGAAUACAUACUUGUAUGUUUGCAUGGCUAGAUAGGGAAUGCACAGCUUGACCUGAGGUGUGUGAUUCAAAGUCAUUGCCAAAGAAAUGUACACGCUGCAUUUUCUUUCUUUCUGUAUUUUGACUUUUUUCCAGUUUUGACACACAAGCAUAAAUGUGCUCAUGACAAUAACUGCUUGAACAUCUUUGAUAUUGUCAAAUAUGAUAUCCCAGAUCAAGGUGAACAAUGAUAUGUGCUCCAAUAUAGACAGCAUCAGCAACAUUAGAUGAGUAUGAGGUGCCAGUCCUAGGUUAACUGAGGAUUGAGGUGCCAAGGACAAUACGGACCAGAGAGACUGGUGUGUACUGAUAUGAAAUCACUUAAGCCAUAUCCCUUAACUAAAAAUUCAAUCAGGGUUUGCUCCAACUCUAAGCUACAUCUGCUUUAGGAUAAGAACCACAAAACCUAAAAUACAUGUAAAGAGAAUUUAUUUAGAUCAGAUAUCAAUAAGCCCAUGAUGAAAUGCAAAAUCUCUGGUAUAGAAUGACAAUUGUAUUGAGUCUGUGGAAUAUAAUUAUCAGAAUCUGAAGUGUUUAUAUCUGAAAUAAUUAUUCAUAAAACAAUGAAUAAAAAAGAAUGAGAAUUUGUACAUGCACUGAUUCUCACAAAACUAUUUUA